UAUGCUGUCAAACAAAGCACCGUUAAAAUUUCAAUUCAGGCCCAGUAGCAUUUCAAACUUUCGGUGAGCAAAUUGAGUCGUUUCCACUCUGUAUCUUCGUAUGCUGUCCAGAUGCCGCUCAUCUUCAAAACCUACCGUCCUUUUCAAACGGCAGUUGACCUUCCCGCCAACCACUUUCUCAGUUCUGCGCAGUCAAAAUGCCCAAAAUCAAGAAGACCCAUUUUACAUAAACCAUUCACCUCUUUCCCUGGGCAGACUCAGAGCCAAAAUGCUUCUUUCCGCAUCUACCCAUUUAACUGAUCCUCACUCUGCACCUUUUUUUUGCUCCGACGCCCUCAGAGUCUCAGCCAAAAUGGGUUUCCUUCCCGAAGGAAAACAGCUGCAUGCACAUAUGAUAAAGUUCGGUUUGUGUAAUGUGUUGGCCUUACACAAUCAUCUUUUGAAUGUUUAUUUUAGAUGUCAGGAGUUUGAUGACGCAAAGACACUGUUUGGUGAAAUGCGUGCUAGAAAUGUAGUGUCGUGGAAUACUGUGAUUUGUGGAUUCGUUGACUGGAGAAGUAAUAAUUGGUGGAGUCUGUAUCUGGGGUUUUCUUAUUUUAGGAGAAUGUUGUUGGAAAGGGUAGGACCAGAUGAUAUAACUUUUAACAGUUUGUUUCGUGCAUGCAUUGAGUUGCAUGAUGUUGUGAUUGGUAGACAAUUGCAUUGUUUCAUUGUAAAAGUGGCGCUUGACUUUCAUAGUUUUGUUGGCAGCGCUCUCGUCAAAUUGUACGCAACUUUUGGCCUGGUGGAAGAUGCUAGGCGGGCUUUUAAUGGUUUUCUGUUUAGAGAUUUGGUUUUGUGGAAUGUCAUGUUGUCUGGCUAUGUUUCAAAUUGUUUGGUUAAAGAUGCUUUUGGGGUCUUCAAUUUGAUGCAGUUGGAAGGUGUUAAGGGGGAUGAGUUUACAUUUAGUAGCCUGAUGAAUUCCUGUAGUGCUUUGGGAACUUGCGAUUUGGGAAAGCAGAUCCAUAGCCUUAUUGUUAAAAAGUCUUUUGAUUUAGACGUUCAAGUGGCCAGUGUACUCAUUGAUAUGUAUGCCAAGAAUAAAAAUAUAGAUGAUGCUCGGAAGGCUUUUGAUGGUAUAGCCAUUAAAAAUGUGGUGUCUUGGAACACUAUGAUUGUGGGCUAUGGACAACAAGGAGAUGGGAAGGAAGCUAUGAAGCUCCUCCGGGGAAUGUUACGAACAUAUCUCUAUCUUGAUGAGUUAGCCCUUUCUAGUAUCCUUAGCUCAUGCGGCAAUGUGUCUGCCACUUGUGAAAUUAUGCAGGUUCAUGCUUGCACCGUUAAGUUUGGGUUUCAAGUUUUCAUAUCAAUUUCUAAUGCCCUCAUAAAUGCAUACUCCAAGUGUGGUAGCAUCCUUGGUGCAUAUCAAUGUUUUAGCUCUGUUUUGAAGCCUGAUCUAGUUACAUGGACCUCAAUUUUAUGCGCAUAUGCAUUCCAUGGUCUUGCCAAAGAAGCUACUAACUUAUUUGAGAAGAUGUUAUCUCAUGGCAUGAAGCCAGAUCCAAUCGCCUUUCUUGGGGUUCUAUCUGCCUGUAGCCAUGGGGGGCUGGUAGAGAAGGGGCUUCAUUACUUCAAUUUAAUGAUCAAUGACUACCAAAUUGUGCCAGACUCAAACCAUUUUACCUGUCUUAUUGACCUCCUUGCUCGCUCUGGUCUUUUGGAUGAGGCAUUUAGUGUUUUGGCCUCCAUGCCAAUAGAACCUGGGUCAGACACCUUGGGAGCAUUCAUUGGGGCAUGUAAAGUCCAUAAAAAUCUCGAACUAGCAAAAUGGGCUGCAGAAAAGUUAUUUGCAUUGGAGCCAAACAAGCUUGUGAAUUAUGCUCUAAUGUCAAACGUGUAUGCUUCCCAAAGUCGCUGGUUUGAUGUGGCAGGAGCACGCAAAAUGAUAAGGGACAGAUGUGAUUCCAAAGUUCCUGGCUGUAGCUGGGUGGAGAUUGCUGGUAAUGUUCAUUCGUUUGUGUCAAGUGAUAAAUCCCACCCAAAAUCUCUGGAGGUGUAUGUUAUGUUAGGAACACUGCAUAGUUUGAUGAAGGAUGAUAAUCAUAUGUUGAAUGUAAAACUCUACAGCUGACAGUAUUCUAGGCAACUGUGUCCUUAACAUCCUUUGCUAAUCCUGAAUUCAACUUCGAGCCCCAUAGGCCAUGAGUGGUCAUGUUGCACAUUUUGAGUUGGUGGGAGGGUGCAUGGUGUAUUGGUGGUGAUUUUAACAUCACUCGGUUUUACGAGUGAAAGGUUGGGGAAUUCUUCUAUUGGUCUGGCCAUGGUUGAUUUUUCUGAUUUAAUCUGACCUUGGUCUGGUUGAUUUACCUCUGGCAGAGGCGAUUUCACUUGGUCAAACGGGAGGGCAUGGUUCAGGUUGGACAGAUUUCUUGUUUCCCCUUCUUGGGAGGCGCAUUUCCCUAACUUAUGUAAAAAACAUCUCUCUAGAUUAAGUUCUGAUCAUUUUUCCAUCCUUUUGGACUGUGGGGGUAUUCGUGAGGGGCGGAAAUGUUUUAAAUUUUAGAACAUGUGGUUAAAAGCCAAUGGGUUUGUAGAUAUGGUGAGAGAGUGGUGGUCCUUUUAUUAGUUUUCGGGUACACCUAGUUCUGUUUUAGCAGGAAAACUUAAAGCAUUGAAAAAGAAUUUGAGGAAAUGGAAUGAGGAAGUCUUCGGGAACAUCGUGGAUCAGAAAAAAGUUUACUUUUGAGGAGCUUAUUUUCUUUGAUGAAAAAAAGGUUGUUGGGGUUCUAUUGGUUGAUGAGAAGGAAAGGAAACUUGGUGUUGCUACUGAGCUGGAAAAAAUACUCUCAUGGAGGAGAUUUGUUGGCGAAAAAAGUCUUGGACCCUUUGGUUAAAGGAAGGGGACCAAGUGCACCAAGUUGUUUAAUAAAGUUGCCAAUUCUUAUCGAAGGAAUAACACCAUUGAGAUGCUCCACUCGGAAGGUAGUGUCAUUACGGAUCGAUCUGAAAUUCAGGACCUCAUUGUUCAUUUUUAUAAAAAGCUCCUUAUGGAGCCUUAUUCCUGGCAUCCUAAGGUUGAUGGGUUGGUGUUUGAUUCGAUUGAACAGCUUAGUGCACUUUGGGUUGAGAGAAUGUUUUAAGAGGAGGAGGUGCUCAACGUGAUAAGAGGAAUGGACAAAGAUAAAGCUCUGGGUCCAAAUAGGUUUUCCAUAACAUUUUUUCAGGCAUGUUGGGACAUUGUUAAGGAGUACGUCAUGAAGGUUUUUCUUGAAUUUCACAAAUUUAUGAAAUUUGAGAAAAGUCUUAAUGCUACGUUCAUUGCGCUUAUUCCUAAAAAAGUUGGGUCCAUGGAGGUGAAGGAUUUUCGUCCCAUCAGUCUUAUUAGUAGUGUACAAGAUCAUUUCGAAGGUGCUUGCCAACUGUUUGAGUGUAGUUAUGGGGAAGAUCAUCACAAAAUUUCAAAAUGCCUUUGUCAAAGGAAGACAAAUACUUGACUCUGUUCUUAUUACUAAUGAGUGCAUGAAGAGUAGAAUCAGAGGCGUGUUCCUGGCAUCCUUUGUAAAUUGGGAUAUGGAAAAGGCUUUUGACCACGUCAACGAGGAUUUUUUGGUUUAUUCCCUUGGUAGGUAUGGUUUUGGGGAGAGGUGGUGUAAUUUGAUGAAGCAUUGCAUAUCUACAGUUAGAUUUUUGGUCUUGGUUAGUGGCACACUAGUUGGUUUUUUUAACGACUCCCCGGGG